GUAUUUUACUCAAUAAAUAAUUACAAACUCAUAAGUCAUAACUAUCUGUCUCUCUUCUCUUGCGUUACUGAACAGCUCCACCUCUUCCUCUCCAAGUUUCGAUCCUCUGCUUCCUUCCAUCUCCAUGAUCUUCCUUUCAACUCUCACCAGGAGUUCAUCAGAUUUUGGUAGAGAAGAGUAGGAGGAAGGAAAGCUGAAAGCAUAUCUCAGUUCCUGACUUCCUGGAAUGAAUAUGGGGAACAGAUUAUCUUGACUUGAAACUCUUAAGAAUUUGAAGAUCAGUAGAAAAGAUGGUGAAACAUGACUUGAGAAAGUCUAUAAAGUCGUUCUUUGGCAGUCACAUUGACCCUGAUAAAGAAGAGCAGCUCCAGGAAGCUAAAACAGAUAUUGAAGACAAAGUGAAAAAGAUAUUGAAACUUGUUAAAGAUGACAAUGUUGAGGAGGAUAAGGAACCACUUGUUGAAUUGAUUGAGGAUUUCCACAAUCAAUACCAAUCACUAUAUGCAAGAUAUGAUCAUCUAACAGGCGAGUUAAAAAAGAGGAUAAAGGGAAAGCGAGAAAGUGGAAGCUCUUCAUCCAGUUCUGACUCAGAUUCAGAUUCUUCAAAAGACAAAGACAGCAAAAACGGACUACCGGAAAAUGACUUUCAAAAGAUAAUUGAUGGUGUAAAACAAGAACUUGAAAUGGCGCGUGCGGAAGUUGCUGAAAUAAACCAGAAGUUGAUUGUUACACAUGAAGAGAAGGAGGAUCUAAAUUCAAAAUAUGUAGCAGCACUAAGCAAGAUACAAGAAGCAGACAAAAUUAACAUGGAUUUGAAAACUGAUGCUGAAGCAUUAGGCAUUCAAACAUCAAAACUUUUGGAUGAGAAUGCUGAACUAAAGAAGCAACUGGACAUUGCUGGCAAAGUAGAAGCAGAACUGAGUCAAAGCUUGGAAGAUUUGAAGAUAGAAAAAGGGAGUUUGACCAUGGAGAAAGAGACAGCUACCCAACAAAUUGACGAGGAAAAGAAGAUUACAGAUAGCCUGAGGAUUCUAAUUGAUCAACUGAAAGAUGAUAAAUUAGAGCUUGGGAAAGAAUUUCAAGCAGUUACAGAUGAACUUUCUGUUGUGAAGCAGCAUUUGGAAAAUGCAGAACAGAAAAUAGCAAAUGUAAGCCACAAUCUGAAAAUCACUGAGGAAGAAAAUGAAUCAUUAAAAGUGAAACUUUCACAGGCUUCAGAUGAGGUUCAGCUGGCUCACAAAAAAAUACAAGAAUCUGAAGCUGAAUUAUGUCAGUUAAAAGAGAAACAUGAUGUGAGAGAAAGGGAAGUGUCAACCCUCACUAAUGAAUCCUCAGAUCAAAUCAGGGAGCUCCAGGGUAAACUUAAUAAGGCAGAGGAAGAAGGUGCAGCUCAACUAUUGACCUUCAGUGAGAAAAUUAAUAAUCUUCAACAUGAUUUGGUUUCCCUGCAGAAUGAGAAACAGGAGUUAGCACAGCAGUGUGAAAAGCUGAAAUUGGAGCUGGAUUCCAUACACAGCAAGAAGAGUGAAGCUGAAGAGCUACUAAGGGCUAACGUCGAUGAGAUUAGUCAUCUGACACAGGAGAAGUUGGAGCUAAGUGACAAAAUAGCACAAUUUGAGAAAAGAUCAGCAGAGAGAGAUUCUGAGUUCUCUGCUCUCCAGGAUAAGCUUAAAAAGGCAGAGGAAGAAGGUUCAGCUCAACUAAUGGCUUUAAGUGAGCAAAUUAGUAAUCUUCAACAUGAUUUGGUUUCCCUGCAGAAUGAGAAACAGGAAUUAACAGAGCAGUGUGAAAAGCUGAAGUUGGAGCUGGAUUCCAUACACAACAAGAAGAGUGAAGCUGAAGAGCUACUAAGGGCUAACAGCGAUGAGAUUAGUCAUCUGACACAGGAGAAGUUGGUGCUAAGUGACAAAAUAGCACAAUUGGAGAAAAGAUCAGCAGAGAGAGAUUCUGAGUUCUCUGCUCUCCAGGAUAAGCUUAAAAAGGCAGAGGAAGAAGGUUCAGCUCAACUAAUGGCUUUAAGUGAGCAAAUUAGUAAUCUUCAACAUGAUUUGGUUUCCCUGCAGAAUGAGAAACAGGAAUUAACAGAGCAGUGUGAAAAGCUGAAGUUGGAGCUGGAUUCCAUACACAGCAAGAAAAGUGAAGCUGAAGAGCUAAUAAGGGCUAACGACAAUGAGAUUAGUCAUCUGACACAGGAGAAUUUGGAGCUAAAUGACAAAAUAGCACAAUUGGAGCAAAGGUCAGCAGAAAGAGAAUCUGAGUUCUCUGCUCUCCAGGAUAAACUUAAAAAGGCAGAGGAAGAAGGUUCAGCUCAACUAAUGGCCUUAAGUGAGCAAAUUAGUAAUCUUCAACAUGAUUUGGUUUCCCUGCAGAUUGAGAAACAGGAAUUAACAGAGCAGUGUGAGAAGCUGAAGUUGGAGCUGGAUUCCCUACACAGCAAGAAAAGCGAAGCUGAAGAGCUACUAAGGGCUAACGGUGAUGAGAUUAGUCAUCUGACACAGGAGAAGUUGGAGCUAAAUGACAAAAUAGCACAAUUGGAGCAAAGAUCAGCAGAAAGAGAAUCUGAGUUCUCUGCUCUCCAGGAUAAACUUAAAAAGGCAGAGGAAGAAGGUUCAGCUCAACUGAUGGCCUUAAGUGAGCAAAUUAGUAAUCUUCAACAUGAUUUGGUUUCCCUGCAGAAUGAGAAACAGGAGUUAACAGAGCAGUGUGAAAAGGUGAAGUUGGAGCUGGAUUCCAUACACAGCAAGAAAAGCGAAGCUGAAGAGCUACUAAGGGCUAAUGGCGAUGAGAUUAGUCAUCUGACACAGGAGAAGUUGGAGCUAAAUGACAAAAUAGCACAAUUGGAGCAAAGAUCAGCAGAAAGAGAAUUUGAGUUCUCUGCUCUCCAGGGCAAGCUUAAUAAGGCAGAGGAAGAAGGUUCAGCCCAACUAAUGGCCUUCAGUGAGCAAAUUAAUAACCUUCAACAUGAUUUGGUUUCCCUGCAGAAUGAGAAACAAGAAUUAACAGAGCAGUGUGAAAAGCUAAAUUUGGAGCUGGAUUCCAUACACAGCCAGAAGAGUGGAGUUGAAGAGCAAAUAAGAGUUAAAGACCAUGAGAACAGUGAUCUGAGAGAGGAAAAUUUGGGAUUUCGGGAAACAAUUACUGCACUGGAGAAAACACUAGCAGAGAAAGAGGCAGAGUUGUCCACUCUACAGGAAAGGCUUCUUGAAAAGGAGAAUGAGGCUUCAGGGCAAGUAAUUGCCUUCACCAACCAAGUUAAUAGCCUGCAGUCAGACUUGCUUUCCUUGCAGAAGACGAAAGAGGAAUUGGAGCUCCACUGUGAAAAAAUCAGAGAAGAACAUACUGAAAGCCUCGUGGUGGUAGAGAGAGAAAAGAAUGACUUAGCAAGCAAAACUGUGGAUCAUCAGAGAGUAUUGGAUGAACGAGAAGAUGCAUAUCAGAAGUUGAAUGAAGAAUAUAAACAAAUUGAUAGUUGGUUGAAAGAAUGCCAACUCAAACUUGAAGUUGCAGAGAAAAAGAUUGAAGAUAUGACAGAAGAGUUUCAUCAAGGCAUUGGGUUGAAAGAUCAGAUGGUAGCUGAUUUGGAGCAUACAAUAGAAGACCUGAAAAGAGACCUAGAAGACAAAGGAGAUGAAAUCAGCUCUUUGUUUGAGAAUGUCCGCAUGAUAGAGGUUAAGCUUCGUCUGUCAAACCAGAAGCUCCGGGUCACAGAACAAUUGCUAAGUGAGAAGGAAGAGAGCUUUAGAAAAGCGGAAGAGAAGUUUCAGCAAGAUCAGAGAGCACUUGAAGACAGGAUUGCUAUUUUGUCAGCAACAAUUCAUGCUAACAAUAAAGCUUUUCAUGAAACUGUCACAGAUGUUAAAGAGUAUUUACACAGUUUGAUAACUGGCAUAGAUACUUUAAGCUUUAAGCUUUCUGACAAUUGUAAAGAUUAUGAAAAUUGCAUCUCAAACAUUUCACAUGAGCUUCAGGUUACAAAAGACCGUGUUUUGGAGAUGAAUAAGGAAAAAGAGCAGUUAAAGGAGGACAAAAAGCGUUUGUUGGAGGAGCUGCGGGGUGAAAAAGAAAAGGAGCUGACUCUGAGGGCGGUGGUUGAGAAGCUAGAAUCAAAGGCAAGCAAGGAGGAAGCAGAGAAGGUGAAUCUGACAACAACUGUUGUUCAACUUAAUAAGACAGUUGGAGAGCUACAGAAAAUGAUGAAAGAGAAAGAAGAUGGUAUGUUGGAUUUGGGGGAGGAAAAGAGGGAGGCCAUCAGGCAGCUGUGUUUGUGGAUUGAUUAUCACCGUGGUCGUUACGACUAUCUGAAGGACAUUAUAUCGAAGACUCGCAGUGGCCAGAGAGCAGCAUAAACAUUGAUGGUUUUUGUAUGCAGCUUGUCCAGUUAGGUAUGUUGUGGUGAUUCAUCUUAUAAUUAGCCCAUUUUUUCAUGUGAAUUAAUUCUUUUGUUUCUUUUUUCUUCCAAACAUAUGUGUGUUUAUAAUUUGAUUUGUUCCAUGUAUCAGGAGCAGUAGAGUUACUUUUGUUCUUCUUUUGAACUUGAAUUGAAUAAUCUUGGAGUUUUAUUUUCCAUUGUUCAAUAUAGAUAUUUGGAUAUACAA